AUGGAUAAAUACUAAAUAUCCUCGACAGGAAGAUUUAUGUAUGAAAAACAUGAGCAAAAUUUCAGACUGUCUAAAUUCAGUGGUCUCUAUUUAUAUCCGGCGAUAAUAAUUAUGAUGAUAAUAUUUUAUUGUAAUUAUGUCACUAUUGGCUGUGUUAUUAUAGCUACAUAUUUUUAUUAUAGAAACAAGCAUAAAUGGAGAUUCUUAAUCUAAGCAAUAUUAUACCUAGCUUAGUUAGUUCAAUUGAACAAUAAUUGCAUUUAUUAGCACAUCUAUACUUGUAUCACUAAUUUGGUUCUAGUGCCUUAUUGGCCUAUGCAAGUGCUAUUUUAAAUUGGAAUCAUUAGAUAGUUGAAUCAGAUUUACAUACUUUGCUUUUUUAUCGCCCUUAUGAGAGCAAUAGAAAUCUUAAAGAGAUUUCUUUAUUCUAAAAUCUGUAAUAUCAACUCCCAUUAAUAUGAAUAGGAUAGCAUUCUGCUUAACUUGCCUCAUCAUAUUCUGUACUUCGAUGAGAAUUUCAACGAAUUAUUUACAAAUAAGUCAAUAAAAUUCACUCCAGAAUCCUAAGAAAUAUUAAGCAAUUAUAUGAAAAGGAAAUUCUAUGGUAUAAUUUAAUUGGAGAAUUAAGAGAAGGAAUUGACAGAUUACUACAUUAAGCCUUGGUAAGGAAAUUUUAUUCUAAUUUAAUCGCACUUCUAAAGUGAAGAAAAUGCUUUUUAUGAAUAAAUGUACGAAUAGAUAAAUAAGUUGUAUGUGCAAUUAAAUUAAGAUUAUACAAAAUGGAACAAUCUGAGGGCCUUUAGAAUGAUUAAAGAGUCUGACUUAAGUGUUUUGGGAUAUUGCUUAUCAGAAUGUUUGCACUUAGAACAUUAAGUCAGAUCCACAAUGAAAAACCUAUAGCCUGAAAUUUGUUAGUUUUACCUCAAGGUUUCCAUAUGCAAUAUAAUAGAAUCAAUGGUGUUGAAAUUGUAUGAGCAUUUUAAUAUUAUCAAUUUAAACUUUGAGAGUGGAAUUCCAGAAAUAGUGGCAGGAGAUAAGAAACUAUUAUUAUUCAUAAUAUAGACACUUCUAACAUCUACUUAAUUUUGUGAUAAAUAGAAAGGUUAAUUAUCUAUUAAAUGUAUCAUUUAGUAAAUCAAUUCAGAAAAAUCAGGAUAUGAUCUUGAAUUAACUUUUAAUUUCACGUGUACACCCUCUGUAAUUAAAUUGUAUUCAUAAGUCUUUGGAGUUAAUGAGAAUAAAUUGACUCCUAAUGAAGAGUGGCUUAUACAUUGUUUAAAGAAAUGCAAAUAAUUGAUGAAGCAAAAUUAGAAUGAGUUUAAUUUCUAAACUGAUGGUGAUAAUGUGAUAAUAACAUUUACCUUCUUGAGUUUGAUAUCCAGUAAUAAACUAGAACAAAUUUCCCAAUUCACUGACCUCACAUUUACUAGAAGUGUAUUGGAUGAUUGUCAUUAUUAAUGGAAGGAAAAAAUACAAAUUCUUCCCACAAAAUUCAUUUUAGAUUCAAAAUCUAGAAAGAGUCUACCUGCAACUAAAAAAUAACAGACAACACCUUUUUCCAAAGUGUCCAUAAAUUUUCCAGAAAUCAGGGAUGAAGUAGUUUUUAUUUUAGAAACUGCUCUACAAGAUGCUAAAGAAAAAGGUCUCUUAGAUUAAUUUCAUUUUGAUUAUUAAGAUAAUAAUUUCAAAUGCGCUGUCAGUGAAUAUGCAGAUAGCAUAGCUAAUUCACCUCCCUCUUUCAUAACACCUCAAGUUCAGAGGAGGAAAUUGUAAGAUUUGGCAAAAGAGAAAUUCAAAAAUCUUUUGAAAGAAGCUCUAAAACCUAAAAAAAAGAAGAGACUCUCUAAAAGAGACUGCAAAGUAGUAUUUCCAAGAAAAAAUGAUACAACUUGUGAUCUUCAAUGUGGACCGUGCAAAGUUAAUUUCCAUAACUCAAUCUUGAACAACAGAAGCAAUAGGGCUUUUAUCAAAUGGUCACAUAGAUGCAAUAUAUCUUAACCUCCAAAGACAGUGCAUGAAAUCCUAUGUUACAUUCCAGAAAUUAAAUUAUCAAAAGACUUAAUCAAGAAUUUUGGAAACUCAUCAUAUGAUAAAAUCGAAAUAAAAGAACCAAUUAUUGUAUUGGAUAUAGCUGAUCUAAUAAGAAUUUAUAAAUAGUAUUUAUAAUAAGGUAAACAAUUCUAUUACAUUAUGUUGUUUGUCAAAAAGCCUUAAGAAAUUGCUGACUUUGCUGAUAUUGUAAAAAAGAAUGAACAGGAUUUAGUUUAAUAAUAUCCAAAAUAUUAAUAGACUUAUUUAAUAGGAAUUACUGAAUAAUCAUUAAAACCAUCUCUCUAUGCGUACUUGAAAUAUAUCAUUCCAUUUGGAUAAUGGAGCAUCGAUAUCAAAUAAAUUAAAUUAUAUAUAGCCAAGUAAAGAGAAAUUAAUUGA